AGCUGACUGCAGUUCGGUAAUACUGUAGUUGCAGACGAUAAACCUCCACUGAUUCCCACAAGCAGCAUCACUACAGCGCGAGCCCACGGGCUUCGUCAGAUCUAAGUAGCAUUACAGCGCGAGAAAGACCUCGGACAUCAAUGCGCUCGUGAAUGUGAGCUGAAAAGCAAGGCAGAAGGAAAAAAUAGUUUUUCGUCUAGCCUACUCCAGCGCACUCUUUUUGAAAAUUAUAUAUAAAUAGCCUUCGAAUUUAUUACAGUAUUUGCAGAAUCAUUCGUGUUUGCUUUGAUGUUUCCAGCACAGUAGAUCAGCCUAACCAGCACACAUGCAACAAAAGUGCUAUUCAGAGAUGCCGUUUAAAGAGUGAUGUUACAUUUAAACGUGUACUGCACAGCACUGUUAGUUCUUUACAAAGUGAGGAAUGCUAUCUGAGCUCCUGCAUCAAUGUUUCACUGGGGCAAGUGGAAGAAGAGAAUGGGAGCGAACAGUUCUUCAAAGAGACCGGUCUUCGACGAAAAGGAAGAUGUGAACUUCGAUCACUUUCAGAUUCUUCGAGCCAUCGGGAAAGGCAGCUUUGGAAAGGUGUGCAUCGUGCAGAAGAGGGACACGCAGAAGAUGUACGCCAUGAAGUACAUGAACAAGCAGCAGUGCAUUGAGCGCGACGAGCUCCGCAACGUCUUCAGAGAGCUGGAGAUCCUGCAGGAGAUCGAGCACGUGUUCCUCGUGAACCUCUGGUACUCCUUCCAGGACGAAGAGGACAUGUUCAUGGUGGUGGACCUGCUGCUGGGAGGAGACCUGCGCUACCACCUGCAGCAGAACGUCCAGUUUGGCGAGGACGCCGUCAAACUCUACAUCUGUGAGAUGACCCUGGCACUAGACUAUCUACAGAGCCAGCACAUCAUCCACAGAGAUAUCAAACCUGACAACAUCCUUCUGGAUGAACAAGGGCACGCUCACCUGACUGACUUCAACAUCGCCACCAUCAUUAAGGAUGGGGAGAGGGCGACCGCCCUGGCCGGGACAAAGCCUUAUAUGGCCCCAGAGAUAUUCCAGUCGUUUGUGAGCGGGGGAACCGGCUACGCUUUCGAGGUGGACUGGUGGUCUUUGGGGGUGACGGCCUUUGAGAUCCUGCGGGGUUGGAGGCCGUACGAGAUUCACGCCAGUAACUCUGUGGAGUCUCUGAUGCAGCUCUUCAGCACGGUUAGUGUGCAGUACUGCCCUGCCUGGCCGAAGGACCUGGUCUCCCUGCUGAGAAAGCUGCUGACGGUGAACCCAGAGCACCGGUUCUCCUGCCUGGCAGACAUGCAGACGGCCCCCUAUCUGUCCACCGUCAACUGGGACGCUGUGUACGAGAAGAAGGCAGAGGCAGGCUUCGUUCCCAAUAAAGGGCGCUUGCAUUGUGACCCAACCUUUGAGCUGGAGGAGAUGAUCCUGGAGUCUCGGCCAUUGCAUAAGAAGAAGAAGAGGCUGGCGAAGAAUCGCUCCCGUGACAACAGCAAAGACUCCCAGUCUGAGAAUGAUUACCUUCAGGAGUGUCUGGAUGUCUUGCAGCAGGAGUUCAUGAUCUUCAACAGAGAAAAAUUAAAAAAGAGGCAGGAGGAGGGAGCCUCAGACGGAGGGGAGGCGGACGGCGAGGGCGAGGGCGAGGGCGAGGGUGAGGGUGAGGGAGAGGUGGAGGGCGAGGUGGAGGGUGAGGGCGAGGCGGGGGCCGAGGCGGAGGGGGGUACGGAGGACGAAGCAGAACCAGAGACGUCCAACCUGAACAUGUGCGGCUCUGUCUGCUCCUCUGCUGGCAGCUGCUAGCAAAACAGCACCCCCUGCUGGCCAUACGCACCAGUACCUUUCUGUCUCUCAGUGUCUCUCUCUCUCAUUCUCUCUCUCUCUUUCUCGCUCUCUCUCCCACUCUGCCUCUCUUUAUCUCUCUCUCUCUCUCUCUCUCUCUCUCUCUCUCGCUGUCUGUCUCUCUUUCUGUCUCUCUCUCUCUCUCUCUCUCUCUCUCUUUCUCUCUCUCUGGGAGCGGAACACACUGGCCUUGCCUGUAAACGCUCUGAAGCCUGCUGUUUGUAACUCAGACUGAAAUGACACGUCCCUCUGUAGCAGCGUGUGGUAGCACCUGAGGACCCGUGGCAGGGGACCGCCAGGUUCUGCCUCCCACACUACACACUGGAACUCAUUUCUAUGCAACAUUAGACAUGACACCAGAUUUAAUCUAGGAGGAAGGGCGUGCUGACCCACGGGCCGCUAGCGCGUCAGUGCGUUACCACGGACACCCGCGAGCGACUACUCUUUACAGCAGUGCUUUUGAGACCCAGUUCUGGAGUCCUACUGUGUGCGCUGAUCCUUGCUGUAGCCGGGAUCUUAGUCAUGUGAAAUCGCUGCCAGAAUGCGCUGAUAUAAUUUAGUACUUUCACACAUUCAAACCUAAUGCAGGUUUGGCUCUUUUGCCAUUUGGUGUGUCAUUGGACUCCUAAUCUUUCAUGAAUAGUUUAGUUUUAGUGACCAGGUGACCAUACUUGUCUCAGUUAGGACCCCAGUGACUUCAACAAUCAGUCUAUGAUUUAAUCAAUUCAGAAAUAUAACUGCUUUCUGAAGCAAUCAAUAGCCAUAUGGUGCAUUAUGUUAAAGCAUUCGUUGAUCUGACAGAUUCAAAUUCCUGGGAUAUGAAUGUGGAAUAUUUAUUCCUCAUUGUGUACAGAGCUAUUUCUGGCAUAAUGUGACCUUAAGAGGAUAAAUUCGUCAUCCUUCAACAGACAUUAAGUGUCUAAUUGGAACAAUUAACAGCUCAUUAAUGCUCAGAGGUUGCAAUUAUGGUAGGAAGGAAAGCCAGCGUACACAGUGGGCCCCAGGCCUGAGUUUGAAAAUCCCUGUGCUGUGGCACACUUUGCAUCCCGUACCUUGCAGGUAGUCUCACACAGUAGUGACUCUCAUACAGGACAGUCGCUAGCAGGUCAAAGCACACCUAGUGUCAGGAGUGUGUCUGUGCCACUGAGGUUUUUAAAUCAGUCUAGCAGGGGGAUAAUAAUAAUAAUAUAACAGGCUGCAUGUCGGCUAGACGCCGCCCACUCACCUGAGGGGACCAAGCCACUCCCACAACAAGCUGCCGAAUCAGUGAGCACUUAGGCCUCUUAGCGAUGGGCCUGGACCAGAGGGUUGCUGGUUUGAAUCCGCAUGCAUUUUCAAGCAAGAUGCAUGCAUAUGUAGGCCUGCCGGCAUAAGGUCAUACCGUUAGCAUAUCUGGUGUCCUUUAAUGUGAUGGAGGCAGGCAGGGUAUCUCAUGUAAUCCCCUGAGGGUUCUGACCUUAAAGGGAAAGCGCAUCAUUAUUCUUCAUUUCUGCUCUGUUCGGGCACGGACAUCUCUUGCGUGACAUUAGAAGGGCGUGCACUUUGUAGAUGCUGUCAUUACGAGUAAUAUUAUGCAAGUGUAGCUUCAGAAGCAGCCCAGAAUAAAAGCAACUGGGGACGAGUUUCUCCCUAGACCCGGCUGCCAGGAUGUGCUUAGUUUGUAUUUAGCACUGCUGCACCGCCACUAGGGUCGAUGUGGGUGCGGUGUGUACGUUAGCUAGUAUCAUAUCUGUUAGGAUUAACAUGCUGUCUUACUCUGGGGAAUGGGCUUCGUUAAACUCUAUAGAACAUGUAUGAUACAAAUAUAUUUCCUUGGUUUAAAAAAAAAACAAAAAACCAACAUAAACAUGAUUGUAUUUGAAUCUGACGUUGUUUAGACCACUCCCCUGAACAUAAUGUAAGGGGCUAUAUUUAG